AUGGCCGACGCUGCUCGCGCAGUCGUUCACGACAGCUCGCCGGAGCAGUACGAGUGCGUGCACUGCUCGGCCGAGGUCCCGUCGUUGUUUGUCAAGUACUCGGAUCCAGGGAACACCUCUUUGGUCCAGUGUGCCUCGUGCGGCCAGCUCGCCGACGUCCACCAGUCGUUCCCGCUCGAGGUGCUUCUCCUCCUCGACCUCGUCCUCCUCAAGUCGCCCGUGUACCGCCACCUGCUGCGCAAUCGCGGCGGCGCCACAGCGCAAGACCGCCACAAGUACCAGCUCGCCCAGUCCUUCAAGCUUGGAGCCCUCGUCCUGGCCGUCGACACUCUCGUGCGCUGUUUUGGCACCGAGACGGCGACCGAGUCCGAGUUCCUCGCCCUGUUCGCCAAGACUGGCGCGUACUGCCUCGUCGAGACGCUUUCCUUCCUGUUUUGCGUGUGCAUCGCUGCGGUCAUUGUCACACUUCCUCGAAGCUGCUGGCACGACCUUCGCCUCGUCCCGCUCACCUACUUCUACGCGUCCCUCCCCGUCGUCCUCUUCCUCGCCAUCACCUCGGUCAUCUGGCGCGACGAGUACCUCCCCUCGUCGUCGUCGACCUCCUCCCCAGCCCUCCCGCCUUUCCUCGCCCCGAUCACGACCCGCCUCGACGCCCUGUACCGCUCGCAUCGUGCCGGCACGUCGACGCCGCAGCCGGCCAUCGUGCGCUACGCGGCGAGCUUCAGCCGGGCCAACUUGCGCAGUCCGCUCGCCGAGGUCGGCAGUGCGAGGGGCUGGGCGAGCGAGGCCGUCUUGCGCAAGUGGGUCGGCGGGCAGAGCGCCGUCGUCGCCUUUUCCGUGCUGCUCCGCACGAGCAAAGCUCGGUCGGCGGUCGUCCUCCUCGUCGCGUGGCUCCUCCACCUCGUCGUCCUGCACGCCAUCGACCCGUUCCUCUCGUGA